AUGGACCUAGACUCCUACACAGUACCGCAUCCCCCCUUGGAGAAGCACAAAGAUGUUCUCGAGGACACCGCCGCUUCUCCUGGAUCUUCCAACUUAACUGCUAUUGCCGCAAUAUAUCAUUUUGGUGAGGCUACAAUCGAGUGCCCCAUCGUUGAGGAGAAUGUAGCAACCAUGACGGAGGAAGAUACCUUAAAGCUGAUGAGUACUGCAAUGAUAAGCUUCUUGCUCCGCUCCAAGAACCUGAAAGAUGAUCUGGCCAAGGUGGAGGCUUUAAAGAAAGCAAUCGAGCAAGAGAAGAUUGCCCAAAAAGAUGCUUGGAGGAAGGAGAAGUUGGAGUUCGCUGCUAAAGAGAAGGAACUGGCCUCAUUGCAGGCAAAAUCUCCACCACUAGCUCGUGACCUUCUGGUCCAGAAUGUUACUUUCCGGUGGUAUGACCAAUGUUAUGCUGAGAAUAAGCAAGGCGGCGAAAGAGUUUGGCAGCCAUGGUGUUGCAGUGGCUGCCCUCGAGAGGCUGGAGAAUGGCAGAGCUGUCAGCGCUGGCUGGUUGAAGCAAUUUUUAAAGCCCAAUCCAGAUGCACCCUGCACGAGGAGAUGGUAAACAGGCUUAUGCACCUUAGCACAGACCAGCCUCUCUUGUUCAACUCUUUGUGCACCGCCAUUGUGAAGAUGUGCUCCCCUAUAGAAAUCACCUUGUUUCUAGGUGAUGUCUCGAUGAUUCUUACUUGGAAUCCAAGUGAGGAACUGCGAGUGCCAGAACUGUCUGAUAAAAACAUCAGGAUUGAGCUGGCUUCCGAUGAUGAUUCCUCAAAAGUGACGGACUCUAUGAAUUCAGGAGCCAAGGAUAAGGAGCCUGGGGUCGAGAAGGAUGCUGAGAAGACUGCUGAGCCUACUCCAACACCGGGGCUAGUCGAGGAGACCAACGAGAAUCAGUCGGUGAAGACUCUCGACCAACGAGAAUCUUCUUACUUUGAAUCAAACUUCACCCACCGAAUCCAUGUGAUGAUCCUCGAUGAGAAUCAAGCCAAGACAUACCCCAUGUGUUCCAUGAUUGCUAAUCUCUUGAGGAAGAGGGAAGUCAUUCAUAACAUAAGGGUGGUGGAGCAGCUCGAGAAGGAUAUCCUUGAUGCCAUCCAAGCGUAUAAUGUGCAAAUACAUUCUCAACUGAUGAAUAGCCUCAGAGAGAAGGAGGAGGAAAUGCAACGCCGCCUCCAUCAGUAUGACCUAGAUUAUCAGAACUCCUUGAUGCUGGGCGGACAUAUUGUCAAGGAGGUUGCUCAUUUAAAGGAGAAAAAUGCCAAGUUGAAAGCUGAUAAAGGGAUUACAGUCUCACCAUGGUUCCUCGAAAAGCACCACAUUCUCUCGAUAGUCAAGCAACAGAUAAAAGUCAGAAUCGAGCAUUUCAUUGCCACGAUCAACUUGCUUACGAAGAGGACUCAAGAAGUAGAGUUCCUUACAAAGCAAUCCUCUAUCCUGCAGAAUUUGGUGGCUAAUCAUGAAAUCCCUCUCUCGGAUCUCAGGAGAAUGACGGGAGAUGAAGAUCCUAAAAGGAGGAUCACGGAAGAAGAGUUCCUGUUGAGAAUGAACAAGCAAGAUCUAGAGAUCCUUGACUUAAAGGAUAAGCUGAAUCAAUGUAUUAAUAAGUGUAAGAUCCUUGGAUUCUCGGGUGUUAUCAUGCCUUCUCACUUCAAUCCAAGUAAAGAAUACAUUUUAAUCUAG